AUGCAUCAGCUGAUACACGGCUUCAGUAGCAUGUUUAACAAAAAGCAAGACACCAGCGAUACAAGACGAAUACCGCACGGUUCGGCAACCAGCAGUGCCUCGCAGGCUAAUGGGACAAUCCGGCCAGCUUACGUCAUUGAGCGGUACGCCGCGUACUAUCCGAUGAACCAUAAACGGCGAGGCAUGGCAUUGGUGUUCUCGCACAACAAGUACAAUGUGCCGCAUGUGCCGCUACCAGUACGCGAAGGCAGUGCCGUAGAUUGCAAACGACUGAAAGAAACGUUAGAAUUAUUCCGGUUCGAGGUGAAAGUUUAUCAGGAUUUUAAGCUGGAGGAAAUCAAAGCUGUUGUGGAGGAUGUUUCUGCAAUGGAUCACAAGGAUAACGACUGCAUCCUAAUCGCGGUGCUAACACACGGCGAUGAAGGUGAUUACUUGUACGCACACGAUGCUUCGUACGGUCUCUCUACCAUCUGGAGUCACUUCACUGCCGAUAAUUGUCCAUCGCUGGCGGGACGGCCGAAAAUUUUCAUCGUACAAGCGUGCCGCGGCAACAAGCUGGACAACGGAGUCAAGGUCCAGAAGGACGGUGUCGCCCGGUACAGCAUCCCGACGCAUGCGGAUUUUCUGUUUGCGUAUGCCACCAUCCCCGGCUUUAUGGCCUUCCGCAACACGACCGAGGGUUCGUGGUUUAUUAACGAACUGUGCAAGGAGAUGCAGGAAAACGGGCACAAGUACGAUCUGGUCACACUGCUCACGUUCGUUACGCAGAAAGUAGCGUACGAUCAUGAAUCGGUGUCCAAUCUGCCGGAGUACAACAUGCGCAAACAGACACCGUGCGUCGUAUCCAUGCUGACCCGUUUGCUGCUGUUUAACCAGGUGUAA